UUUACUCAGCUGUUUUCUUGCAGGGCUAGGAAAUUCUCGAAGUCUCGAUUUGUUUGUUUUCAUAAAUGUCGUCUGAACGUCUUACAGUCUUAACGUCUCGCGUUCGCAUUUCAAACACUUUCAAGUCCCGAUCUCGCAAUUCCUCAAAAAACAGUGUCUCGCUCUCCCAAAGAAAACCGCCGGUGUAGUCUUAUCGUAAAAUUCCGCAUGUACCUUUCAACAUCCCUUUAUAGACAACCGUAUGGUGUAUACUACUUUGUCCCUAGAUGGUGAAUGAGCAAAACCCAAAUGAGAUUUAAAAAAGGCCGGGAACGACUAAUCGAUUUAGGGGGCGUUUUAUUUCAGGGAGAAUUAUUCGACCCUGUACAUCAGCAGUCUAGCCAACGACUGAUCUGUACCGAAAUUAAUCGGGAAUUUUCUAAAAUUGUCUUAUCAUAACAAGCGUGAUAUUCGCGUAUCGUCAAAGGCCACUAACCCGUUUUGUUGUUGUCAUAAAGUUUGAUUACAUUUUUCUGAUAACUGCGACACCAUCAUGUGUAAGCCGGUAGGCGGGAAAAUCUCCUUAUUGGGACAUAAAGCGUUGAUGUUUGGCCAUUACUGAAACAGAUGGAGUCGCCUAAGAUUACAAUUCUUUAUUUGGCGACCCAAGCUGAAUCAAAAAUAUGCCAGUUUACUCGAGAUAAGCUAGGCUACUGCACUUGCAAAGAGCGAUACUCCCUUAAAGUGGUCCGCAGAGUAAAAUUGAAGUCAAUAACUUUUAACAGAUAAACACAGGAAAUCCGGUUUAUUGGUUCUUAUCAUACCGAAGGCAUACUAGACAGUGUCGGGUCAGAAGGCCUGGCGCUAGUAAGUUUUUUGAUGGGCUUCAGCAGCACACGAAUGACUCAUCAGUCAAAUCUGUGUAUCUUAAGCGUCCGUAGCUCACAUUGAGUGAAGAACGCGCUGCUUUGCAUCACAAGUGAGGAAUUGCUGACGAGAAAUUAAAGGACACGACAGCCGCUGGCGAAGACUACGGCCCUCCGGUGACCGGCAAAUAAAGAAGACUAGCAUCUACGGAUUUCCGCAAAAUAAUUUGAACAUAGUAGUCAGCGAUACAAGAUGGAGGCGGCUGAUAAUGUCAACUCCACUUCGAACAUGACAACCGAUUAUCUCGCUUGUCCGAUGUACCAAGAAACAAUCGUGACACAGACCAUCAAGACUGUUGCAUACUGCCUUAUCAUUCUACUGUCGCUUGUUGGCAACUCGAUCGUCAUAUUCACUGUUUGGCGAAACAACAGCAUGAGAAGCGUCACCAAUCUUUUCAUUGGAAACUUGGCUGCAAGCGACUUGUUAAUCACCAUUCUGGCCAUGCCGAACAUGAUAACACAGUUGUAUCUAGGAUACAGGUGGAUCUUUGGCGCUGUGAUUUGCAAGCUUGUUGUCUUUUUUCAAAGUGUUUCCGUAGCCAGCUCGAUCCUGACACUGUUAGCAAUCACGUUUGAUCGUUUUUGGGCCAUCAUUUUCCCAUUCAAGAGGCGCCCUUCGUUCUUCGCGGCCAGAUUCAUUCUCGGUGUUGUAUGGGUGAUUUCCCUAACUGUCAUGGCCCCUUUUCUGUACGCCCAAAGGGUCGUUGUUGGGAGUGAAGGGUACGAGAUCUGCAUUGAAGAUUGGAGCCCUGCAUUUAAUCCUGUUACAGCAGCUAAAGACUACACGUUAGUUCUCUUUAUAACACUGUACGUCUUUCCUUUGUUAACGAUGGUCGUAAUGUACUCAAUCAUCGUUUCCAAAUUGUGGCGAAGGCAAAUACCAGGGUUCCGCUCAAGUCAAGACGAGCUCAGAAGCCGUGCCUUGAGGAAAAAAGUAGUCAAAAUGUUAAUUACAGUAAUUACUCUGUUUUGCGCGUGUUGGCUUCCUAUUUACGUCUACCAGUUUAUCUAUUUCUUCGCCCUUCACAAAAUACCGUGUUUUGACUCCUCGAUGAGUUUUUAUUUCACAUCGCUUUUCCUAGGACACGCCAACUCGGCCAUAAACCCCUAUCUGUACGCAUUGUUUCACAAAAAAUAUCGGGAAGGGUUUAAGGCGGCAUGGACCUGUUCCACAAUCCCUAUAGACAAUGUGGGGUUUAGCAGGACUUACAGUCGACGCCGAAGUUCGUCGGCUACCUGGCUGACCAGAUCUAGCAGAUCUACUAUGGUUGAACGUAACAAUGGACACGGAAAGCGCCGAUUCAGCACAGUGACACGACCAAAGAAAUCUAUGUUUGUCGAAGCUCACCAAGGAAACGGGAAACGCCGAUUCAGUGUUGCCGUAAUGAAUAUUAAUCAGUUCUCCAUGAGGAAUUUUGCUCCAAAGAAACUGAGUAAAGAUAUUAAUGAAGCCUGCUUUGCUUGAACAAUGACGCAGCACAAAGCUAACGAAGCAGUUUGGCGCUGUACCUCUCUGACGGCAUGUUCAUUCGAUAUGUUUCAGUACACAUUUCAUAGGCAUCAGCAGUGUUGCUAAUGCAAAGCUCUGGAAGGCUGGGCCCUGGUGACACUUAUAAGUUUCCUUGCCGUGUAACAGAAUUAUCCCCUGUCUAUAUAUAUAUGAGCAUUCGAGGAAAGAUCAGUGUUUAGAGUAUAAAAUAGAUGCAUAUAACCAUAUAUUUAUAAUGGUGCCUUACCCAAGAAUCAUUAAGUGACGCAGUGUACAAAAUUUUCUUCAAAACAAAAGUUAUCAGUCUCGAACUAUUUUAGAAAUAAAAGAAAUAAAGGUGGUUUAGAUUAGAGAAGAUGUAGGUGGAUUAGAAACUUUUAAUUUUUCCAAGAUGUGUCAAGCGGCCUAUUGUACGAAUAGCUUCUUGCACAGAUAACAAUUAAACUUAGACAGUAACCUCAUACGUGCGUUUGACGGAUCAAAACAAGUAUUAAUGUUUAAGAAACUUGUUUUUAUUGCUUAUGUUCACAUGCAAAUACUGAAGUGAAUGCUGUAUUUUCUUGAUUCGACGCCGAGCUCCGGAGAAACGCUAAAUUCACCAGGUUUUGAACCUCAUGGUAUGACUUACGUCAUGUUAUUAGGUUUAGGAAUGGACCUCAAAUACACUCACUCACUCCACUCUCACUCCAUUCAUUGCAAUUAAACCUGGAUUAUACGCGUUCCCCAUUACCUCCCGUCCUAGGUUUGGUUUUGUCACUAAUAAAGUUUCUGUGCAAAUAAUAUUGGGGGAGGGGGAGAGUUAGGACAGAGACGGAAGUCAACAAAAACACAUUAUAAGGGUCAACCGGAGGAGGCGAACGGGGUCGCUAAAAGUAGUUACAUAAUAACAUGAAGUAGCUCUAAGGAGCCCUUGGUUAGUUUUGAACUAAACGCCGGAGACGCUUGCUCAUUGUUAAUGAAGGGAAAUGAAGAAGCCCGGUAAACAUCAAAGCAGCAAACAAACAGGCUAAGAUUUAUGUUGGAAGGCCCUU